AAAAAAAAAAAAAAAAACUCCUUAUACAAAUUACAAUUAUUUGCCAUAAAUCAAUACCCAAUUAACACAACUAAACCAAAACAACUAAACUCCCCAUUGCUAAACUAAUCCAGCAACUUCACCACCUUUGUCAGCAAUAAUCAACCACUCCAUGUUUGCCAAUCUCCUUUAUAAAACCAGCAAAAAUCCAUAACCCCACCAUCACUACUCAACCUUCAAAUCCCCAUACAUUUCAGAGCCUUUGAUCACAAACAGAUCAAGAUGUUUCUAAAAUCACUUCCAUGUGUUUUCCUAGCAAUACUGCUUAUGAAUCUUCACAGGGAAAUAGUUUUGGCUGCUGCAAUUGAUCAUCCAUCAACCAGCAAAGAAGAAUCAGUUCUUGAAAUUUAUAUGCAUGACAUUCUGGGCGGUGGCAAUCCAACAGCAAGGCCAAUCACUGGUUUGCUAGGUAAUAUCUACAGUAGUCAAGUACCUUUUGCAAAGCCAAUAGGGUUCAUACCUCCUGAUGGUGCAGUGGCUGUUCCUAAUGCCAAUGGUGCUCUUCCAACCAUUAAUGGCAUAAAUGGGCUUCCACUAGGUACUGGUUUAUCUGGUACUGCUUUUGCAGGAAACAAUAAUGGUCAAAAUGGAAAUGUUGCCACUCAAUUAGGACCAGAUGGGUUGGGACUAGGUUUUGGAACAAUCACAGUUAUUGAUGAUAUAUUGACAAUCAGUCCAGAUUUGGGGUCACAGACAAUUGGGAAAGCUCAAGGCGUUUACGUCGCAAGCUCUGCAGAUGGAACAAGACAACUUAUGGCAUUUACAGCAAUGUUUGAAGGUGGGGAAUACAAUGACAACCUUAACUUCUUUGGAGUUUACCAUAUUGGGAGCACCUUGUCACAGUUGUCGGUCACCGGUGGGACAGGGAAGUUCAAGAAUGCUUGCGGGAUUGCAGAGGUUCGACCUCUUAUACCUCCAGGUCAACGGGCCAUAGAUGGUGCAGAAACCUUGCUGAGGAUCACUGUCAAUUUGAAAUACUAAGAAUAUAUAAAGUUUACAUGCAGGUUUGUGUAGGUGUGUGUGUGGAAUUUGUCAGUGCUUAUAUCAAAAUGUACUCCUACAUUUCCAGCAGUAUCUCAUUUGUGCAAUCUAGUAGUUAUCAAGUAUUCAAAGUAAUAUACUCAAAUAUUAUGAUUGUUGUUUUCAUUAAAAAAAAAAGAAAAAGAAAAAAAAAAGUAUAUAUAUAUAGAUAUUAUAAUUGUUGUUAUGCGCAAAUUCAAUAACAAAAUUCAUCUUUAACUCUUGCUCUUUAUUCAACUUAUGCAAUAAUCCUCUAGAACAGGUCAGUUAGAAAAGACCAAAAGCUAAUAAUAUACGCCUGAUUCAGAACUCAAAUGUUGCAUCUUCCUCAAAGUUUUUUCAAGAGUAGACACACACAACUUUUAACUCAGACUCCACCAUUUUGAGUACUGAUGAUAUAUUAUCAACAAAUUAAAGUGAAAUAAAGAAUUUUGCCUGUAGUUUGGCAUUUUGCAAAGGUCUAUUUCCAAAGAAACAUUCAGCCAUUGCAUGCUAAACAAGAUACAGACAAAACAGGAUGAUAGAAACAAGAAGCCUAACAGGUUAUGAGAAAAUGUCAGAUCAAAUACAGUGAAAUUAAAAACAGCAAC